AUGGCGAGAAUCCCUGGUCAACAAAAUAGGACCAUUGGCACGGCGAGUCCCAAUUUCGAUACCGCCAACCCUGCCUAUAUUCGCAAAUACCUUCGAACAUACGGCCUUACUCCUCCUCGCAGAGAGACAUACGAAGUUCAGAAGACAAGAUGUCUGCAACAAUUGGCUCUCAAGACAACCGAUAUUGACAAAUUCCUCUACCUGAGCACUCUUCGCAAAAACAAUGUGCAUCUCUUCUACCGUCUGGUGACUGAUCACCUUAAGGAAUUAACCCCCUUGAUCUAUACACCUGUCGUCGGUGAAGCGUGCCAGCGAUGGUCCGAGAUCUAUCAGCAGCCUGAAGGUAUGUACCUUAGCUGGGAAGAUCGCGGCAAUUUGGCUGCUGUCAUCGCCAAUUGGCCCCAGCCCAAUGUGGAAAUCACAUGCAUAACCGAUGGUUCUCGUAUCCUCGGACUGGGGGAUCUGGGGAUCAACGGCAUGGGCAUUCCCAUUGGCAAGUUGGCUCUGUAUACCGCCUGUGCUGGUAUUAGGCCCGAGGCUACUCUUCCUCUGACCCUGGACCUGGGUACAGGCAACAAGGCCUUCCGUGAAGACCCCCUGUACAUGGGUAGUCGUCACGACAAGAUCUCUCCCGAGGAAGAGCGAGAGUUUAUGGAUGAGCUGAUGACCGCCUUGACCGAACGCUGGCCUGGGAUCGUCAUCCAAUUUGAGGAUUUCAAGAAUCCCUUCCCCGCUUUGGAGCGUUACCGACACACAUACACCUGUUUCAAUGACGAUAUCCAGGGCACCGGCGCUGUGAUCCUCGGCGGCGUCAUCAAUGCAGUAAAGCGCUCUGGUCUGCCGUGCAAGGACCACCGCGCCGUCUUCCUGGGUGCGGGAAGUGCCGGUGUGGGAGUCGCCAAGCAAAUCGUGCAAUUCUUCAUGCGCGAGGGUAUGACCGAGAAUGAGGCCCGUGCGUGCUUCUACCUAGUAGAUACCAAAGGCCUUGUCACUGCGGAUCGCGGAGAUAAACUCGCCGACCACAAGAUCUACUUCGCACGAACGGACAACAAUGGCCAGCAGUUCAAGACGCUGGAGGAAGUCAUCGAGCAUGUGCACCCGACCAUGCUGAUGGGUCUCUCCACCUUGGGGGGCGUUUUUACCCCGCAGAUUCUCAAUAAGAUGGCCGAGUGGAACACGCACCCCAUCAUCUUCCCCCUGUCCAACCCGUCGUCCAAGUCGGAAUGCGACUUCGAGAGCGCCAUUACCCACACGGACGGUCGGGCCCUCUUCGCCUCUGGCUCUCCCUUCCAGCCAUUCCUCUUCACCAACUCCGCCGGAGAAACCCGCACCUACUAUCCGGGCCAGGGGAAUAACAUGUAUGUCUUCCCUGGUAUCGGUCUUGGUACCAUCCUUUCCAAGGCUGUUGAGGUCACCGACGCCAUGAUCUACGCCUCGGGUGAAGCCGUGGCUGAAGCUCUCACGCCGGAGGAGAUCGAAUUGGGCUAUCUCUACCCCGACAUCACCCGCAUUCGCAACGUGAGCGUUGUGGUGGCCCGCAAGGUCAUCCGCGCCGCGCAAAAGGACAAGGUGGACCGCGAGAAUGCCCUCUCCAACCUUGAUGACGCCGCCCUCGACGCCUGGAUCCGAGCUAGGAUGUACGACCCGCAUGCCGAGGUUCGCUCUCUGGAGAGGGAAGUCGGAGCUCUGCUAUCCAGUCUUGGUACACCGUCCCCGGUGAACGGUCAAAGUUAUUUUGAACCGCAUUCUAGGCUGUAA